AUGAGGAAAAUAUACUCAAGACAAGCACCUGUAGUUUUAUCUGAUAUUUGUCCUGCAGAAUGCUCGGUAAUCGAACCUGCUACAUGUCUAAUCCAACCCGAUGAUUGUCCUGCAGAAUGCUCGCCUGCUACAUGCCCAAUUCAAUCCGCUACUUGCCCGAUUUUUCCAGAAGGAUGCUCUAAACCAAAAAUUGUCACAGGAUUUUGUUUAACUAAUAAUGAAUUUCAAUUAAGUUCAGAAGAAUUACAUGAGUUAGAAGAACUUGAUGAACAAAAUUUUAACGUAAUUCUUCGCCGAGAACCUUUAUUUGCAGAUAUCGCUGAUGAUGUAGAAUCAAGUAAAAUGUAUGGAAGUAACAACGAACAGAAUUUUGGUAGUUGUUGUAACAUACAAGAAGAUCAAGAAACGAAUUUCAUACACGCAGGUACACCUAUAAAUACGGUAGACAAAGAUAUAAUUAAGGAACAAUUAGGAGCGAGAUGUGGGCCAGCUCGAGAAAAUAUAAAAAUUGUAAAUUUAGAACAUGAAAAAGGAAAAGCUCAUGAGUAUCAAAAAGAUUAUGAAGACAUGUCAGGAUGUCAAACUGAAGGGUUCUCCAAUUGUGACACAGAAACAGGAUUAAAGUAUGGGUGUUAG